AUGGUCGUAGACAGUCCAGCCAAUCCUCUCAUCCCGCGGUCGUUGUGUCCCUUAGCCCUGUUUGACAUGCCAAACCUGACAUCUCCUGGUGAAACAAUUUGUCAGCAAGGCGACAUGAAUGAUGAGACCGAGAGCCCGUCUGGGGAAGUGGAGCAACCGCCAGACAAAAAGCCCAUAAAAUAUCCUUCUUACCGGUAUGCAAUCUUUCUCACAUCGUUUCCACGCCUGAGCCUAUUCUUUGCCGGUCUUUUUCUCAUCACUUCGUUGGGCAUCUCUCUCAUCUUCUCAGAGAUUCCUGUUUUUGAUGAUCCGGCCAAGGAGUUCGUCACCAUACAUACCGUCAGUUCGGCAAGGCUUGAUCAGUUGGAGGCGCUGAGGCAGAAUCUGGUUCCCUUUCCCGAGAAGCGUUUGGACUUUGAAUCGGCCUGCCGCAAGUCGCGAGUCGUUGCCUAG